ACAACAAGUAGCACCGAUUCUUUAUAAGGUGUCUUUCAUUGCCACUCUUUUAUCAUGUUCCAACUCCUCCCAUUACUCGCCUUGGCGGCUUCGGCUGCAGUGCAAACUGUCUUGUCAGCCGACACAACCCGCGGACCACCUCUACCGAACGCGCACCUUGACUUAUCGGAUCUAAAGUGGACACUCUCUAAUGCCAACAAAUCGAUCUCUGUUCCUACCUCCUUCGUCAACCAAGCUCAUCUGGCUCUUAUCGACGCGGGAAUCAUUGAUGAUCCGAACAUCGGGCUCAACGAAGGAACCACUCGAUGGGUUGGUGAGGAAAAAGCCUGGCUUUGGCAAACGAAUGUCGACUUGAGUGAAAUCUUCAAAUGGGAGCAGGUGGACCAGUACUUCUUCGCCUUUCAAGGUCUUGAUACCUUUUGUGAGAUCAAACUCGGUCCACAUCUCAUCGGCACCACGGACAAUGCAUUCCGGAGCUGGGUUUUCAAUGCUACUGAUGCCAUCCACAAGCUCGGCCCUAGUACACAUAGUACCACUUUGUCUCUUCGCUUCGAUUCCCCUUGGGGAGUUGCCACCCGUUUAGCCCACGAGCCGGGCAAUCUUUGGUAUCCACAAGCCGGUCUCGGAAAUCCAAACGUUGCCGACACACUGGUUAUAUAUGAAUACGACGCGCGUACUCAUAAUGCAUCUUCAUACAAUGGUUGGCUUAAUCGUAUCCUCUUUACCUUUUUAGGUCCAGCAUACCUCCCUAGUGGCCCGCUUAAACCGGGUUACUUGAUCGGCCUCGCACGUACUGCCACCACAGAAACUCGUCCCGCCGCACCCCGAGAUCCAGCUCAUGGGGAUUCCCAAACCGUUGUCACGAUAAAGCCACCUACGACUGGCCAGAAGGAUGAAUCUGAUUUUGAACCUUACUGGAUCCAUAAAACGGUGAUUGAUAUUUACCGGCAAGGGCAACGCAAUAAUCUCCCACCCGAUCAAAAUGCACCAUGGGUGAUCAAUAUAACCCUUCCACUGGUCACACCUCAUCCGCCUUCUCGAUUUGCCUCCGCAAGCCUAUCAGGCACUUUGCGCGGGACAAACAUCAAAUUUGCACCUGUCCGGCUUCGCGCACUACCUUUACCAGCUUAUUCCACCGACGGCCCACAAGUAUAUCUGACCGCAAGCUUCAGUGUCGCUCCCAACGCGGUUGAGAAGUGGUAUCCUGCAACCUUGGGAAACCCAAAACUUUAUGAACUUGGCCUUUCAUUUGACUCGGGCUUUUCUCCUCAAACACAAUGGGACGAACGUGUAGGAUUUCGAACAAUUAUUGUGGAUCAAUCUCAAUAUACUGAACAAGAAGUUGCUCGUGGGGUCACGCCUGGAUCGAAGUUUAACCUUCAAAUCAAUGGAAAACCUUUUUUUGUCCAAGGGUCUAGUAUCAUACCUAUUGACAACUUCGCAGCUCGAGCUAACUCAAGUACAAUCACUUGGUUAUUAAAAUCAGCUGUCUUAGCCCACCAGAACGUAAUUCGAAUCUGGGGUGGUGGCGCUUACGAAACCGACGAAUUUUAUGACUUAUGUGAUGAGAUCGGUGUGCUGGCUUGGUCCGAGAGUGUGUUUGCUUGCGGUGCUUAUCCGAUUGAACCCAAGCAUAUCCUCGAUAAUGUGUUGGCUGAAACAGCGGAAAACGUCCAGCGUCUAGGCCGACACCCUAGUGUUGCUUUAUGGGCAGGGAAUAAUGAGCCCCGGAUCACGUUUGCUGAUCCUAAACAUCUUAUUCAAAAGGGCGAAGGAUAUAUCGAGUGGAUCAAUGGGACCUGGAACAACGGAUCUGUCUAUUUUAAGCAAUAUGAUUAUCUCUACAAUCACGCGAUUCGAGAUGUCUUGAUGGAUAACACCCGUUCAAUUUCCUAUAUGCCAUCAUCAACUACUGAUGGGUAUUUGACACUCGAUCCUUACGUCUCUCGUUACGGUAAACAUGUGCCAGGUGAAAUUGAUGGUGACAAAGAACUCUACAACUACAACACUGCCAUUAGCUUCGAUACAAAGAAUUAUCCGGUCGCCCGUUUUGUAAAUGAGUUCGGUUUCCACUCCAUGCCUUCGAUAUAUACGUGGGACAGAAUCUUAACGAACAUUGAAGCUUACUCGUUCAAUUCCAGUGAAAUUCGAGUUCACACCAAACAUCCGCCUGCAAAGUCUUUGACUUAUCCAUUUGCGGCAGACGACGGGCAAAAAGAGAUGACUACUGGGGUAACUGACUGGUACCCUACGCCCAAUAUCACUGGGGACCCUCGUGAAUUACUCGCUCAAUGGGCUUACUCAACUCAAGUUUUCCAAGCGGCCUUCAUGGCCUCAGAAAUUACGUACUACCGUCUUGGGGCUAGUCGCGGUGAAAACAAUAUGGGAGCUCUUUAUUGGCAACUGAAUGAUGUCUGGGAAGGUGUUAGCUGGUCUUCGAUUGAAUAUACUGGAAGAUGGAAAAUCUUCCAUUAUGUGGCUGAACGUGUUCAAGAUCAUGUUAUCAUCUCUCCGAUGUUCAAUCGUACAAAUCAAACCCUUGACGUAUAUGCCACUUCGGAUCUAUGGUAUCCCGUUACAGGAAACGCGAAAUGGACCUGGUAUGACUUCGCUGGAAAACAGCUUGCGUCGGCUAACCAGACUUUCAGCAUUGGUCCGAUCAACUCUACCCAUCUCUUCCGCGCUGUUGGACUCGAAGACAUGGUCCCUGGAUCAACUCCAUCAAAUGAUGCAUGGCUUCACCUUCAGCUUACUGCUUCUAGUCAAACGAGUGGUCAAUCUUUUUAUAAUGAACAAUUCUUCCAUCCUGUUCCUCUCAAGGAUGCCGCUCUUCGAGCUUCGCAUGUAACGGUAACAGUAACAGGGAAAAAUCGGUUUAAUAUCAUUGGUCACGGUGCUGUGGCCGCAUGGGUUAAUGUCGAGCCACCACCAGCUAUUUUACGUGACGUGUUUCAAUUAGGAGUCACCGGUUAUUUCAUGGAUAGCAGAACGAAGAAACCAUCAAAUUGCUUCUUUCUUCGUCCUGAUGAGGUUAGAGUAUUAGAUUUUGUGGUUUAUGAGGAUAACACCAAUGGAGAAUUUUCGUCAAAGAUCCAUGUUCGAACUCUUUGGGAUAACUAUCAUAAGUCUAAUACCCCGACUACAACAUAA